GAAAAAAAUAACCUCAUCCUGAUCCUCAUAAAUGCAGUAGGUACUUCACUAGAAGGACAUCAUUUAUCUUCCUACAAUAAAUAAUUGUAGUAGCGUGCUCUAUUUAAUCAAAGCAGUGAAAACGUGAAUUCAUGUGUGAUUAUGGAGGCAAAAGGAAAGUGUAAAGCAAAAUUGAUUGUCUACAGGGUUGAGUUCUCUGAAUUGUCGAAUGAUCUACUUAAGGCGGAAUCGGAUAAUCUCCCAUCGAAUGGAAAAAAUCUCCCAUCGAAUGGAAAAUCCAUUGAAAAUCGAAUACAAGAAAAUGGGGACAAAAAUACGAAAAAAGAGACUGAGGAGAAUGGAGGAGUUGAACCUCAAAUAGUGUUUCCUCCGCCAGAUGUAUGGCCUGAAAAAAAUAUGAAGCCGAAGAAGAAAAAAUCUAAGUUUGGUUCGAUUACUCAACUCUUAUGUUCUUCAUUUAGCAAAGUGUGCCUUGUACUAUUAGGAUAUAUUAUAUCUUGUAUGAAUGGGGCCUUAAUCCUUCUUCCGUUAACAGUGAUAACUUUAAUAUGGUAUGAAACAAAAUCAAGAAGGAAAACGAAUAAAAUAAAAGCUAAAGCGAAGGCUAUUUCGAGUAACAAACAACAGCUUCUCGAUAAAAUAGAAGAGCUUCCCUCAUGGGUUUUAUUUCCUGAUAGAGAAAGGGCCGAAUGGGUGAACGAUAUUGUGCUCCAGUUGUGGCCCAAUAUAAAUUGUUUCUUGAUCAAAUUCGUCAGGAGCAAACUCGAGAAUCAAAUAAGAAAAAAGUACGAUUCUUUCAAAUUUGAAGAAAUUGAUUUUGGAAGUAGUCCCCCUAAGAUCGACGGUGUUAAAGUAUACAGUCGAACCACAACAAGGGAUUCAAUCCUAAUUGAUUUUGAUAUAUUCUAUGAUGGUGACUGUGAUAUAACCUUUUCAAUAUCUGGCCACCAAGUUGGUAGAUUAAAGAAUUUUCAACUGAGUGUCGAUGUAAGAAUAGUUUUGAAACCGCUCAUGUUGAAAGCUCCGAUUGUGGGAGGAGUUCAAAUUUUUUUCCUGAACACUCCAGAAAUUGAUUUUGAUUUGGAUGGACUCAGCGGAAUACCCGGAUUGAGCCACGUACUGAGGAAGCAAAUUGAAGAGAAGCUGAAGAAGAAAAUAGUUUUCCCUAAUAAAAUCACGAAAAGGUUCACGAAGCAUGUGGAGGCUACAGAAUUGAAAUCUCUAGAGCCUGAGGGAGUAUUACGUAUACAUAUAGCUGAAGCUAAGGAUUUGGAGAGGAGAGAUGUGACUGGCAAGUCAGAUCCUUAUGCUGUGUUUAGCGUGGGGGCCCAGGAGUAUAAGACCUCAGUUAUAAAGAGAUCUCUGAAUCCUAAAUGGGAUGAAUGGUGCGAGUUUGUUAUUUUAGAUCCCACCGCGCAGCAGGUUCGAUUUAAACUUUUCGAUCAUGAUGAUCUUAACGAGGAUGACUUUUUGGGCAGUGGCGUUGUCGACAUCAAGAGUGUUUAUGACGGAUCUGUCGAUCACUGGAUUGUUCUAGAUGGUGUGAAACAUGGUAAGAUUCACUUGAGGUUCACUUGGAUGUCUCUCACUGCAGAUUAUGCAUCUUUGGAUAAGGCCUUACAUGAAGUCAAGUUGUUGAAGGUAGCUGUUUCCUCCGCCCUACUGACAGUCUAUAUUGAUUCUGCGCGAAAUCUGGCGAGGAUCAAAUCGUUUAAAAAGCCAGAUCCCUACCUUCUAAUGCAAGUGGGAAAUUCUCUUUCCCAAAAAAGCAAGGUGAAAAAACAUACAAUCGACCCAAUUUUCGAGCAAGGUUUCUCAUUCCUGGUAAAAAAUCCAGAAAGUGACGUUUUUUACGUUAGCAUAAUGGAUAAACACAGUAACAUGAAGAUAGAUUUUUUCGAAUAUGAAAUCAAGAAUUUGGUUCAAGAGAAUGAUCUUGAAUUCAGCAUGAGGGAGUUUCCUCUGAAAAGCGGAGCACAUGACUGUGUCAUCAUGAUAUCCAUGCAGCUGAGGAUACUUACCAAUGAAGCAUUCUCUAAUGACGAUGAUUCUAGCGAAUCCUUCUCUGAUUAUGAGUUGUCCAGAGACGAUUCCGUGAAGUCUCACGUCUCAGCUGACCACCCGCCUGUACCGGAAACGCCUCUAGAUAUAGAACCGCCUGUGCUUUCCAAUGAUGUCCCAGUGACUAGCUCAUCGCCGCUUAAAAGCCCAAUGUUCAAGAGGCUUAAUCUCCUGAACAAAUCAUUAAGUAGCGAAUCUCAUCAUAAUAUCGACGGAGAUGUUCACUUGGGUCGUAUACAUGUUGGUUUGCAAUACAGCGAUCGUAGGCAGAAAUUGAUGGUUACAAUUUUCAGUAUCGCGAAUAUACCAGUGAAAGAUCCUAGGGAUAUUCCAGAUCCGUAUGUUAAAUUGAAAUUGUAUUCUGGCGCCAGUAUAAUAAGGCAUAAAACAAAGACGAUAAUGGAUAAUCCAAAUGCAGAAUUCAAGGAGACUUUUGAAUACCUCCUUUCCCCAUCAGAAUUAAAAGAACAAAAGUUGGUUUUGACGAUAAAAACGAAGAAAAAAUUAUUUUCUAACAAUAUGCUAGGCCAGGUGCUUGUUGAUCUGAAAGAUCUGGACUGGAAUGAACAUCACAACAAGUGGUACGACAUAGGACAUGAAAUGUACCCAGAGUAGAAUUUCAGUUCAGUAAGUGAUACAACUUUGUCUUUCGUAAUUUCGUGAAUUUUUUGAAAAAUUGGGUACCUUCAUUACCAAUUCAAACAACUUUAAUACUCAAGAGAUAUAGUUCUUAUUGAUCCAGACAAAUGAGUUUUUGAAUAUUUACCUGCUUAUAUAAAUGGCGCUUCACUCAUCCUAGAGUUGGGUAUAAAAGAGUAUUUUCCAAAGACAUCCUAAAUGUGAGAGUUAUAUUUUUGAAAUUAUAAUUAAUGGUGCGAUUUACAAAUUUAUUCUGCACUCUUCUGGGGGUUGAAAGAGCUAUUUAUUGUGUAUAAAAUCAAAUUAAAUGUACUAAAGUUUACAUCACUAAUCACUCACAACUUUGAUGGGAAGGUGCAUUGGUGAGAAAGUGUAAAAUCUCCAUGUAGUACAAAGUUAUGGAGUACCUUUUCAUCAGUACCUUAAUUGUUUUUGUUUGAGGUAAAAAUGUUGAUAUUUUUGAAACAAUUUUUUUCUUGUUUUAUUGUUGUUAACCGUCCGUUCAUUAUCCAGUGCAGAUUUUUUAUAUUGGUAUUGAUAAUUACAUAGUUUACUUUUUAUAGAUUUUGUAUUUUAUAGUUUUGAAGGAAGUUUAUCGAUAUUCUGUUUUGAAUUUUAUGUGCUAAUGUGGAGGCUUCAAAAAUGGAAAUAAAUAUUGUAUAAGUUUA